GGCAGCCACGUGAUCUUCUUUCCUUGGUCUUGGCGUCUUCGUUAGAGAGGGGGGAAUAGAUUCAGUCAAUUUUUUUUAGUUCGAGAAGUUUGCCGUGUACCUUGGUUCCUUCUCCAUAGAUAAAGGCCCACAAAAGCACACAUACGGAAAGAGAGAGAGGUUUGGAAAGAAUACUAGAGCUCUUCUCUUAAAUCUUCCUCGGUGAUUUUUUUUUAUGCGCAAAAUCUAAUUUUGAUGCGAGAAAUGGCGUCAAAACGGGAUUUUGGAGCGAUCUCUCGACGUGGGCCCUGUUAAUUUGAUCCGAGUUUUCUCGGGGAAAAUCUAGAGGAUUCCAAUGUUUUAGAAAGCGAUUUAGUGUUUUGUUUUGGUUUUUAAAGAUCCUUUUUUUUUUGUUUGUUUGGGUGGCGGGGAGGGGGGAAGUAGUGAUUUUGGUGCAGCUAUAUGAUUUGUUUCUUCCUUAGAAUCGUGUGGUUUGAUCUGGAUCUUGAGCGGUUUUCUUUUUAGAUUGUGUCUUGAUUAGUUUGUGUGGGUUAUGGUAGAAUUCAAUGUCUCAAGAGCAAGAAUCAUGAGAAUUUGAGCUGAGGAUUCUAUUUUCCAUUCCUUUUCCAAUGGCAGAGGAUGAUUCGAUUGAGCUUAAGUUUAGGCUUUUUGAUGGCUCUGACAUUGGGCCGGACAAGUAUGAUCCUUCGACCACCGUGGCAUCUCUCAAAGAAGUCAUACUGGCUCGGUGGCCUCAAGACAAAGAAAUUACCCCCAAAACAAUAAAUGAUGUGAAACUCAUUAAUGCCGGAAAAAUAUUGGAGAACAACCAGACACUUUCGGAGUCCAGAGUGCCUGUUGGAGAGCUUCCAGGUGGUGUUAUCACUAUGCAUGUUGUUGUGCGGCCUCCCCAACUUGACAAAAAUAAUGUUUGUACAGAGAAGCAGCUGGGAGAUGCACAAAAACAGAGCCGUUGCACGUGUACCAUCCUCUGACACCAAAGAAUAGCUUGAUAAAUCUUUUCUAGUCAGCAUUUUGACGGUCAUGUUUGGUUGAACAAGGCUUGUUGGUUCAGAUCAAGUAUUUUGACAGUGUUCUCUUAGCUGGCUGUAAAAAAUUCUAUAAAAUAUUUCACAAUCUUUGCAUGGAGCAUUGGAAAAAGCAUCAAAGUGAUAAUUGGAGUCUCAUUCCUUCUGAAUAAAAAAUUAGUUCAGUACAAAAAUUCAGUUCGAAAGGAACCUGGCCUCAGCAAUCAAAAAUCGAAGAGCUUAGAGAUUUUGAUUGCGUUUGUAUAAAUGAGAGGGGUGAUAUUGGAAAUGUCCAAUUAUUUGUUGCUUUUAUGUGA